AUGAAUACUUUGGCAGACAACCCGCUUUUUGUCGGUAUGGACGAUAGUGGUGAUCUAGAUGCUAGCAUGCCAUGGCAGAUGGAGACCACUGAACAAAGUCUGGACUUGUCUGGACUUACAAUUGCCUCUACAUUGCCAACGGUACCCUUAUCAACACUCGAGGAAUUGAUUGAUAGUAUUGAUAGUCAUUUGAAUACCAAAACUGAGGAUAUAGAGCAUAGCAUGUCACUUUUUAAGCAAGAAAGGUCUCGACUGCUAAAUUCUAUUUCUAAUGACAUAUUACUAGAAGCUGUAGAUAGUAAAAAUGCAUUGGAACCUGUUUGGAAACUGAAUGCAUCGAUUGAUAUUCUUGAUCAGUUAGAAAACAACAGUAUGGCGAGUAUGCCUUGUCUAGGUCUUUCUGCCAACGACUGGACUCAUUUUGUACAUCAAAGUUUAGAUCGACAAGUUUCUCCAGCCAUCCGAGCCAUGUAUGAGCAAAAAGUCAACCAAGUAAUUGUUGACAAAUGUCAUGAUUUGAUUCGAUUUUCAUUGGGAUUGUCAGAAGAUGCAGCUAUCCUUCCACAAGACUUGCAAACCUUUACAGCACAUCUCGAUCACACAUUAGCUCAAAUCAAUCGCAAUAGAGUAGAUAUCCUUCAAGGUUAUAUCGAUAUUCUCGACGAAUAUGAAAAGGUACUCGAUAACCAUGCGUAUGUGACACAUGGCAUUCAGUCGUGGAUCGGUUCAUUCUGUAGCCAAACUCAACCUGUGCUGCAUGAAUCGUUUGCAUCGUAUUUUGAAACCAUCCAUUCGAAUUUAAGAUUGAAACUCGAACAUGACUUGGAAUAUGCAAAUAGACAGAUUCAAGCCAGCUUUGACCAAAUCACAGCAGAACUGAGCCAGUAUGACAGUUUUGGCGACGAGUUUCACAAGAUUGUCAAUGCUUAUGCCAUGUAUUCACAGGAGUUAUUGACGAUUGAGCGCGAUCUCGCUCGACUCGAUACAUGA